AUGCACCCCCUAAUCUGUAUCAGCAUUUCGUGCUUCCUACCUCUGGCCUUGAUGCGGAAUGUUGACUCGCCCUUGGAUUGCGUCCCUCGGAGAUAUGUGCCCUAUCACAGCGACAACGGUCAUCUUUUUAGGGAAGAGGCAGUGUCUAACUACACUGUCAUGCUGUUGAGAGAGGAUGUCAAUCUGCUGCUCCUGGGUGCCAGGGAGGUAGUUUACGCGCUUGACCUUGAUGACAUCUCCAAGAAACGUGCCUCUGUGAAAUGGGAAGUUACACAACAGCAAAAGGAUGAUUGUAAAAUCAAAGUAAGAGAUCCUGAAACCCAAUGCAAGAACUUUAUCAAAAUUCUGCACAGGAUAGAGGAUGACAUGAUGUAUGUAUGUGGAACCAAUGCAUUUGACCCCGAGUGCGAUUACAUGUCUUACAAAAAUGGUGAACUGACUUUGGCCCAAGCGGGUGAAGAUGGGAAAGGGAAAUGCCCAUUUAAUCCUUUCCAAAGACACGCCUCCCUCAUGGUUGACGAUAACUUGUACUCAGCCACUUCGAUAAACUUCCUGGGCUCUGAACUGGUCUUGAUGCGGAGCUCUCCUCCAAUUCGCACCGAGAUUAAAACCUCCUGGCUUAACGAGCCCAACUUCGUUUCCCUAGUUCAGAUGCCUGAAAGCGACCAGGGCAACGAUGACAAGGUUUACCUGUUUUUUAGCGAAACGGCUGUAGAGUACGACUGCUACAAGAAGCCGGUGGUUGUUUCUCGUGUAGCCCGUGUCUGCAAGAAUGACUUGGGAGGUACGAGGACCUUGCAGAGAAAGUGGACAUCCUUCUUGAAGGCCAGGCUGGAAUGUCCUGUCCCGGGCUCCCAACUGCCCAACAUUAUUCAGAAUACUUACCUCUGGUGUGACCCCCAGAAGCACUGGAAGGAAUGUGUGUUUUACGCCAUCUUCAUCCCACAGUCCGACACGUCUGAAGUGUCGGCGGUGUGUGCGUAUAGCGUAUCUGAUGUCAACCGAGUGUUUGCAGAAGGGCAGUUCAAGACAUUGGUCCGUGUCGAAACCUCCUAUAUUUGGGUAGCGUAUAGUGGAGAUGUCCCCGACCCUCGACCGGGAUCUUGUCAAACAGAAUCAAUGGACCUCCCAGACCAAACCCUUCUUUUCAUCAAAGAUAGGCCCCUCAUGGAUGAUGUUAUCCAGCCAAUCGGAGAGAAAACUUUACUGGAGAGAAGGGGAGCCGCUUUUACGAGCAUUGUCGUCAACCAGGUGCAGGCCACAGAUGGCCGCAUUUACCAUGUGAUGUUCAUAGGCACAGCUGACGGUACCCUUCUGAAAGCAGUUAACUAUGAUGGCGAGAUGUUCAUCAUUGAGCAGGUACAGCUUUUCCAAUCCCCGGAGGUGAUUAAGGUCCUACAGUUUUCCAACGUCACGGGGCAGCUUUACGCAGGCUCGGACUACGGAGUAGUACAAGUUCCUCUCGCCACCUGUAAGAGAUCUUUGUCAUGUAUGGACUGCAUUCUGGCAAGAGACCCCUAUUGUGGAUGGGAUUCAGAAGCUGGGAGUUGUGUAGCCCUUUCUAGUACGCAAAGACGACUUAUCCAGAGUGUGAGGGAAGGUGAUGCCUCUCUCUGCCCAACAACUGAUUCUGUACAUGUCGUGAACAAGUCGUUCCUGGCCGGCGGAAGCGUGAAGCUUCCCUGCCCUUCAAUGUCCAACCUGGCAACGACCGACUGGGAACAAGACGGCCAUCGCGUGGCUCCUUCCCUUCGUCAUCAGCUUCUUAAAGACGGACUUCUCAUCCUCAACGCCACAGACUCUGACGCUGGCCUCUACCGCUGCCUGUCAGCAGAGCGUUCCAAAGCAGACAAGUACACCGCCACCGUCGCCCAGUAUCAGCUCAGCGUGAAAGGAGAACCUCGCAUACCUCAGGCGCAGAGAAAAGGCCCUUCCGUGGUCGGACUGCAAGUCGCCAUCGGGCUUCUGACUGUUUCACUCGUGGCCCUUUUGGCUUGGAAUUUUUACAACGGCCAUCUACCGUUGCCCUGGAACUGCAGUAGAAAGAUGGGAGGAAAAUCGUACGAGUCAAAUACGCAGGAGGACCCGGGGCCACUCUGA